AUGGUAGAAUCAAAGUCGCAAAAUUCGGAAGUCGCCCAAGAAAAUAUUGAUCCGAGCGAGGAAGAAAUGGAUACGGACGAUGGGGCCGACGUUGCGGUGAAGAUGUUUACGGUUGAAAUUCUGCGUGUCAUCAAGGACUUGCAACUACAGCACGGUCUUCGGCAUGGGGACUUCCAGCGCUAUCGGGGCUACUGUUCGCGACGCCUGAAACGGUUGAGGAAAACGCUGAACCUGCCGCAAGGCGACCGGCGCCACUACAAGAAGCGCGACGUGACGCUGGUCAACCUCCUGGUGGUGCCUACCUCGUCCUGCAAGCUGCACAUUCCGCUCAUGCUCGCGGAACGGGCCUGGUCCUACGCGAUGCAACUCCGCCAGGAGUCGAACACCGAGCUUCGCAAACGUUACCAUCUAAUCCAGAAACUGCGCAAGGCGUGCGGUUACGCGCUGCAGCUUCAGGCGCUCUGCGCGUCCGAUCAUUGUGACGCGCGCACGAAGCUCGAAUCGGAGGCGUACUCCGCCUGGAUGCAUGGAUCGCUGCACUUCGAGCUGGGCCUGUGGCAGACGGCGGCCGAGAACCUGAAAAAAGCGCAGGUAAUCUACGAGAACCUCGCCCAGGCAAUGCCGGAAGAGGAACAGGCCCUGUACCGGGCGAAGGUGGAGGAACUGAAGCCGAGCCUGCGCUACUGUGCGUACAACGUGGGCGAAAACGCAUCGGUAAACGAUCUGCUGGAGAUGCGCGGCCAGUCCGGACUGCUCGGUAGUUUGGGCAAUCUGGUGGCACAAACGAAGGCGGAAAGUAUGGACGCGUUCCAGAUGACGGAGUGGCGCGGCCGAAGUGUGACGGUGCGCCCGGAAAAGGUCCGCCUGUUCCUUUUGAGCACCCAAGAACUGGGCAAGAGCAUCGAAAAGGCCAAGGAUGUGCCGGCAAAAAUCGAGCUGCUCGAGACGGUGCUGAUCGAUUGCAAGGACUCGAUUGCAGCGAUCAAAGAGGAAAUCAAAUCGGAUCCCAAACUGCGGCCCUUGGAGCGCAGCACCGACGGGGGUCCGGGGUUGAUUGGCAUUCAGUAUCUGCUGGCGUACAUGUCGUACACCCGCCUGAAGCUUACGCUCGAUCGCAACCUAUUUCUGGUGGCGCAAGCCAAACAAACGCUGGACGAUCCUAACAUAGCCGAAAAGGGAACCAGCGGUGGCUUGGUACCCGGAGCGACGGCUGGCAAAAAAAGCAAACCGCAGGACCUGUCCCGGCUGUACGAAAUCAUCCUGCAGAACGUCACGGAAAUGCAGCAGCUGGCGGGCAUGGAGAGCGAUGCUGGCUAUCAGGCGGAAAUGGAAGCACUUUCGCUGUCCUUCCGUGCGUUCCGUUGCUAUUACAUCGCGCUCACGCUUGUGGCCAUGAAGCGAUGGCGGGAAGCGGUCGCCAUGUACGAGCGAUCGCGCAAGUACGCCAGCGACGCGAUCGGUGCCAAAGCGGUGAGCUCCGAUUUCGAUUUGCGUCCAGAGCUGCAGCAACUGGUGGCCACAAUCGAGGGCUGCAAGUUCUCGGCGCACGCCUACAGCGUGCUGGAGGAUGACGGAUCCGAAGACUCGGUGCUGUACGGCAAGACCCUGAAAUCGUCGAAACCUCUGUACGACCGGUUGUCGCACUACAAGGAGGACGCCACGCUCAACUCGCGCAACCCGAACGUGUUCAAGCUGGUGCCGGAGAUGGAACCGAUCGCGGCGAAACCGCUGUUCUUCGACCUGGCGCUCAACUUUGUCGAGUUUCCUUCGCUCGAGGAUAAGGUGGAACAGAAGGCGGCCGGUGGAAAAGGUACCACGGCCGGUAUGUCCGGUUUCGUGAAAGGGCUGUUCGGGUGGGGAGGUGGCACCGGAAACUAGGGGGGGCGGACUACGGCGCGUCAACAUUGUUUCUUUCAAUUGUUUAUUUUUGAUGUUUCUUCAUUCGCUUUUUACUUUACUUUGGGAUUGAUGUCACUGACAAGUUCCGGAGCCGUAUGAUAUGUGGGCCGCAGAAGGCAACUUACAACAUAAAUAUAAUCAACCAUAUUCAAAUAGAG